CCGCAACAAACAAAUCCUGCCCAUGCGACUUCGUUAUUUUCCCUUCAGUAUUUUUGUUUUGGUGAAAAAUAGUAUUGUAUAAAUAAACACAAAUAAUUUUAUAAUGAGCUUGAAUAAAAUUCUAAUAAGUACUCGUCUACUACCCCAAUUCCAUCAAUUAAUCCUUAAAUCAAACUCAAGAAAUGUGUGUAAAAUCGCGGUAAACCUUGAUCCAGAGCUCACCGAAAAACUAGAGAAAGAUGAAUUAAAACAUCGUCAUCAUCCAGGAAUUAUUAAGAAGGGAAGUCUUAACGUUCCGAAGCACAUUGCCCAAGCAAUUCAUCGAGCUGUGGGUGACUUCCCAAUUAAAACACUCGUCAAAGAUGGCAAAGUUCUUAAUCAAUACAUAAAUUCUCGUCAUCCACCGCCCGAGACGAAAGAUCUUCAGAAGAAAAUUCAAGAGAUUUCGGUAGAAUUGGAUUUAAAAUAUCCAAUGCCUGAUGAGUCUGAGUUGGGAGAAGAUGAAUUGCAGAAAAAAAACUACAUACGCCAACAGAAACUCAAGAAAAUCCUUAAAGAACGAACAUUCGCCUGGAAACCAAUAACCUAUGGAGCUUAUGAGGCUCUGGUCUAUGCUAUUGGAAGAAGUGCUCAGGAAUACGCCGCCAUUUCGAGUAUUUUUAAGGAAAUCGAAAACAGACAUCCCGAAUUUAAACCAAGAAGUUUUAUCGAUUUUGGUUCGGGGGUUGGAACUGGAAUGUGGGCAGCUAGUGAUUUAUGGAAGGAGUCAAUAUUUGAAUAUCUGAAUGUGGACUCUUCGAGAGAAAUGAAUGAUCUCUCGGACUUAAUCAUAAGAGAUGGCAAUGCAAACCAAAAACCAAGACUCAGAAAUGUUUAUUACAGACAGUUCCUGCCAAGCGCUGAUACAAAAUACGAUCUCGUAGUGUCGGCUUUCUCUCUCUUCGAAUUGCCUAGUGCCAAGGACAGAAAAGAGGUAAUAAUGAAUUUAUGGAAGAAAUGCGAUGGUUAUAUGAUUGUUGUUGAAGAAGGCAGCAGAAGAGGAUCGGAAAUCGUGAAUGAAGUUCGUUCGAAUGUCCUCACAUCAAGAGAUCCCGACCUGGUGGGUCAUGUUUUUGCUCCAUGUCCCCAUGAUCUAAGCUGCCCACGACUUUCUGAGCAGGGUGACAACACUCCCUGUAACUUCAAUGCUUCCUAUGAACCUCUUGGUUUGGGGGAGAACAUUUCUGGAAAUGUAACAAAACGAUUUAGUUACGUGGUUUUGAAAAAAGGAUCGAGAAAAAAUGCCCGCGACAGUAGUUGGCCACGACUUGUUAGGCCAACACUAGUUCGUUCAAAACAUUCGGUUUGUCGAAUGUGCACAUCAAAAGGAACUCUUCUAGAAAUUGUUUUUACAAAAUCGAAACACGGAAGGGAUGCAUUAAGAUGUGCAAGAGCUAGUGAUUGGGGUGAUAGGUUGCCUCUAGAAAUUGGUGAACAAUGGGAAAGUACCAAAAUACACAAAAAGAGGGAUAAAACUAAUUCAAAAGAAACCGAGAUGCAAGAUGAAGUGGAAACAAUAAGUGAAAAGCCAAAUUAAUUUAAAUUACUGUUUUUUAAUUUUUUUGUAAAUAAAGUUUUAGUUUAAAAUUAGAAGGUUUAGAACUGUAAGACAAAUCCAUAAAUUUGGUCUUAAGGAUCAAAGCUAUAAACUUCAAAAAAGACUUAUAUUCAAUGGUAUGGUAAAUAUAUGCAGGUGCCUUUAUCUGGUUAAACGAAGAAGGAUGUCUUUAAACGUAUCCCAAGUAAGGAACAAAAUGUAAUAUUUGUUG